AUGCUUAAUACCGCAUUAUUUACAGAUCUAGAAAGAGAUGAACAUAACGAAGGGAAUCAAAAUAUCGUUGCAGCUAUGAGAGCAAUUCAGAAAGCUAUUAAGGCUAUCAUGAUGUGGUUGACACUAGUGAGUUUUAUGUUGGUAGUACACGUAAUUUUUAGUGGUGUUUAUGCUGGAGAUGUCUACAUAGGAAAUAGUAAUGUUAGUUGA